AUGAGUGGGACUGAGUUCGAUUGGAGAGAUGACGAGUCGCGUGAAAUAGAAUCGGAUGUGACUGACUGGCGUGUUGAUACGACACCUGCAGAAGGACAGUUGAUGCAGAGUGGUGAUCUGGAAAGUGAUGCUGGCUACCCAGAUAUUGACUCAGACAGUGUGUUGCGAGACGAGGAACUGGAUGAAGAAGCGCAGGAGCAGGAAGGUCUCGACACGCGACGAGAUGGGAAGACAAGUCGGAGUGAAGCUUCAACAGACAUGGAAUAUGGUGGUGAGCCUGAUUCCGACAUUCUAGAGAAUGACCAGAAUGAACUCGUUCAGAGACGCAUGAAGGAGGAGGAGAAGAAGAAGAAGAAGAAGGGUAAGAGGAGGCGAGAGGAGGAGACAGAGAGGCAGGAGCGAGGAUAUUCGGAUGACGAGAGAGACCAUGAAGCACCUCCAUAUACCAGGAUUCCAGGAGAGAUUUCCGAUGUGGGAGAAUGGAGUGAGGAUGAAGUGGCAGGUGGACAGGUCACACCUGCAGGAUGGAAACAGACUCAGGAACCUGGUGAACCCGACUCGAGUGAUGUGGCCUCACAGGUGCACCGGUGGAAAAAGCGACGACAUCCUGAUGCAGGAGGGGAAGUUCCUCACCCAUGGCGAAAGCAGGAAGAUUCCGAAGAAGAUAGUGACGAAUCUGGUGAAGUUCUGGGUGACAGACGACGACGCCUCACAGAGUGGGAUGUCACUGAUUCUGAAGAAGUCGGCCCUCGAGCAGGUGUUCACGGGCGCGGAAUUGGUGCAACACGAGAAGCAGAUAUUGUGAAGACUGAUUCCAAACUUGACACAUACCGGGAGAGAAUGAAAGGGAAGGAGGGAAGAGGUGAGGGUGUUGUUGGUGCAGGUGAAGCUGGAGACCGGACUGAUGAGCGGAACGUCAACAUGCCAGAUUCUGAGGAUGUUCCGGAUGUCCCGGAGUCAUUACAGUCAUAUGAUGACUCACAACACGAACCCAGGAAACGUGCCUAUCAGGAACCCGUCGGAACUGGUGUCAAGAGAAAACCAUCAACAGCCGGUUGUAGACACCAAUGUGGAUCAGAGACAUCAUACAAAUCUCAGGAUACUGAGGAACGCGAUGGUUGGAAAAAUAAUGUGAAACGCCUGUCGGAGGUGCCGAUUCAUCGAAUUGGAGGGACUCAACCUGACGGAUUGCACAAACGAGGCAGAGUACCACCUUACACACCAGAAACUGACAACUCUGAUGACGAUGACACCGGUUCC